UUCAGAUCCAAAUAGAAUAUGAUGAGCACGACGUCGGGUGUGCCCGUAGUGGCGUCGGACCGCGUAAGUUUGGAAGAAGCAAUCAAAGGCCUGCAAGUGGCCAUUGAAAAGUACCAGGUCCUGUACAAGCUGUCCAAGCUGUACCUCCAUUUCAAGGACGUGAAUCCAGUGGAAGUGCGCUUGCAUGAAGCUGCAUGUUUUGUGUCGAUGGCAUCGAUCAAGCGGCUCCUCGCUGAAGCCACGACACCUCCCCAGUCCGGCAAACAGGUGGCCUACAUCGCAGAGGCCGACCACCACUUGAACAGCGCCAAGGCCAUCUACAGCGACUUGACGCUCCACGAACCAAGUCAACUCGAAUGCAAACGCGGCCUGGCCAACAUCUUGCAAGAAGGUGGCAGUUUGCGCUAUGUCCAAGAGAAACUCGGUGAAACCCAAUCCAUGUGGGCGGAAGCGUGUGCUGUGUACGAGGACAUUGGUGACGCCCCCGCCGUGGCCGCCUUGCGCAAGAAAAUGGAUGCGCUGCGCCUGGCGCAUGAAGUUGAAGCAUAUACCCAAACGCUACUGGAGCGAAAGGGAGAGAAUCGCGAACGCGACGCCAUCUUGAAGGCGUUUAUGAAGUUUGACAAGGACAACUCGGUAUUUUUCACAGGAGAAAUGGACGCAUGCGAGUUUGCGGCCUUGUCGAUGGAAUUGGGCACGUUUCCAGCGCUCUCGGUCGAUGAAAUCCAGGAAGCGUUUGUGCAGCUGGAUUCAUCAGCGGACAACAAGAUCUCGUUUGCCGAGUUUUGGCAAUGGUGGAGCACCGACGAGAUUCAAGCGUUUGCCGCCAAGCAAAAGGCUCGUUAGCAAAUACUAGUAUUACAGUGCAAAAGUGGUCGCUGGGAUAUACCCCUAGUACGCUACUACCCAUUCUCGAAACCAAAAGUAAAUACUGUAGUAGUUUCUACCUUCUUCUACUCAUAUACGU